UUAUGCUGCAAAGAUGAUAGCCAAAUGGGUAAAGCUGUUUGGAGAAGGUAAUAGCCAACAGAAGGGAACCAUGAUUUCUGGUCGUGUUGGACUGUUAGGGAUGCCUGGAUACAACCCAUGUACAGAAGCUGCUUCAGCCAUGACUGCACAAGUUACACCCUUUGUAGCCAUGAUGAUGGUUGAAGGUAUUGGACCAUUCGUUGCAGUGCCAAUCCAACAACCUCUGAACCCAAUGGCCCAGCCAUGGUAUCCAGGGCUGAACCCUAUGGCCAGUGCAUGGUAUCCUUGGCUGCCACAAGUUCCUCGAAAACACAAACGUUUGUUCUUGACUUUCUCAAAUGGUCAUCCUUUGACAGAGGAAGAAAUAGUUAACUUCUUCAGAGAUAAAUAUGGGGAUUGCGUUGAAGAUGUUUUUGUGCAUCACCCAGAAGAGGGUUUUCCACUGUUUGGGAAUGUGGUGUUCAGAACAGAGUCCAUGGUAGAUUUGGUUAUGAAUGGUCAAGAGAAAGUUAAGUUCACAGUCGCAAGGAAACCCCUCUGGUGUAGGAAGUUCAAGCCCAAGAACCAGCGAAUUGGUGGAGGGACUAUUAAUAAAGAGGAACUUGUUUAGUUUAAGCAAAAUAUUGAUGAAUUAUGUUG